AUGUGUUCAAGCUGGGAAAGUGAUGCCACUGCAUACCCUCUAGCCAUAUCACAUGACUGGGUCCUGUCCCAAAUGGCACACUUCAUGUGCAUUCGUGGUCUUGGGAACCACAAUGGCCACCGCAUACACGUUGUCUGUUUAGUCCACGAGAAUGUAGGCUCUCCAAAGCCCAGUCCAUCAUUCCAAGCCCUGCAGAUGACAGCUCCUGUACCUCCUAUUAACUACCGCCAGGGGGAUCCAAUAUUCACUAAGGAUGACCAAUACUUCACCAUCCCACAGUUGUCUUGUGAGCAGAACGCUGGACUGGGCCAGUGUGCGGAAAAUGCUCCAGUGGCGUUUUUGGAAAACUUUGAGUCUCAGUGCGUGAGGAGGCUGCAGUCCUGUCCACCACCUUCUGAUGACCUGAGAGUGGAUAUUAAAGAUGGAUGGGGAGGUAUCGUCGCAGUCAGUGUUGUGGAUGAAAUGGCGGAUGACCUCAGAUUAUUUCUGGCUAAUUCUCGUGAGCCUAUAUCUGCCAAGGUAGUACACAUGAUUGAAUGUCAGAUACACAAAGCAAGAGAUGCUCUGUUGCGAUCUCAAGAGCAGUAA